AUGGCUGCGCAGGAGCCGGCACCGAUGUGCGCCCGGGCGGCCGGGCUGAUGCACUGGCUCCUGAUGUUCGUCGGCAGCCUGGGCUUCCUGAACGCCGCCAGCAUGGCCUUCCAGCUGCAGCAGCAGGGCCACUGGGCUUCCUUUCGGGACGUGGCCAGCAGUGCAGGGCAGGCUUACUAUUUGGCUCUGCGUGUGUUGCUCACACCCUUCGAGGUUGGGCCUGCAGUUCCUCCAGAGCUCGGCAUCGACGCCUGGGUGUGCUUUAUGCCUGCGCUCCUCUCCUUCUUCCUGUGCGUCACGGCUUCUUUGGGCCUGCGCCUGAUGCGCGGGCCGGCGCCGGGCCUUGCCCUGGCCUACGGCCUUUGUGCUGCGGCACUGCUCGCGCUGCAGGCGCACGUUCUCCAGGAGCUUGCUGAGCUGAGCACCUGGGAGGAGCUCACGAGCGAUGCGCAGAUGCAGGACAGCUUCCAGACCUUGCACGCCGCCUUUGUCUCCACCUGGAACGAAGAGCAGUGCCAGCUGCUGCCUGCUGGAGCCUGA